AUGGCUCCUACACAUCAUGCGGUACCAUUGGGGCAUCUGAAUGAAGCCUCGGCAAACGGCAAAAUAUCCACUCGGACGACGACGCGAAAUGUUACACCUAGUCCUGUCCAGCCAACAGUUCUGCCGAUAGUAGAGCCUGUUGGCUCAUGGCUGUGUACGGAAGGGCCAUAUCAGCAGUACAUUGCAGCCCUCAGCGAAUCCAACCCAGGCCUCAAAAAGGCGGACCCAAACAACAGAAAAAACCCUUUAAAGCUUGGCAAUGCCCUUGUUGUCUUGCUGGACUCGGACGCAAAUGGCCAGCCCAAGUUCGAGAAAACUGAGUUCUUGAACGCUACAGUGCUCCGAACUCACUUUGAAAAUGCUCCUCGUAACCAUAACCGACGGCGCAUUUACAUCAUGGAAGGGUUGGCGCCCGACUUUGUGGCAGCGAUAGGAGGUCAUUUCUACAUGGAACCAACCUUUUGGCUCAGGCAAGAGAGAACAUGCGUAUGGAGCAACGACUUCACACCCGUCAGCGAUGCACUUCCCCAACCCAGCCUACUUAAUCCUCAGAAGAGCUUUCAUGUGCAGUAUUGUGAAUUGAGAGAGUUCAACAAAGCGCUGGAGAACAAACCGUACUUUUGUGACAGAACUCGGAGGCAUGUUGGUAUGACUGCUCCACGUCAUGGUGAAGAGAACUCCACCACUGCCAUCAUGAGGCGGAAGGUCAGUUGGUGGUGUGAGAAAACCAGUGGGGGUGGCUGGGAUGUGGUGAUUCUUUGUGAUCCUCAGCUUGCAGAACUCCACCCUGCCCCGAGGGAAAAGAUGCAGAAUGCUGAGCCGCGAGAGAUCAAGAACCCCGACAUCAACCUAGAAAACAAACCGUUUCAGGGAGGAUACAUUGACUUCGUGCCACCGCCACUACCACAGCCUGGUUCAACACCAAUCGGACCUCGACACCCACACAAAUCGAUGCUCCGCGACCUUGUUUACUACUAUGAGAAUAACUCUCAUCUACUAGAGCCGGACGAGUGGGAAAUCCCAAGCGAAUCGGCCAUUUUUCUGAAGAAGAUCGUCGCCGCACACUACCUCCAGUUAGCUGACUACAUCAAAGCCAUGCUCCCUUCCCUUGAGCUCAAGCUCACAACAGCAUGGGUCGAGGAACAAGAGCAGUGGAAAGGUCUGCAAACCAUCUCUCGCCGAUGUGGAAACUAUCGAGACGAUAUCGAAGACACCCUCCUUAGUCUUGGCUACACGCUAGACAACCCGAGCAGCAAGGACAAUCACAACUGGAAGAACUGCAACAUAGACUAUCAAUACGUAUAUUUUCGUCUCAAGAUCCUCAAGGAACGCGCAGACAAUCUCAUGACCUCAAUGACAGGUCUAGCCAGCAUUGCUGGCAAUCGACAGAAUCUUGAGGAGGCCAAACGAGUCAAGCGUCUUAACUUGCUCGCGUUGCUGUUCAUUCCAUUGGCGUACACAAGCAGUCUCUUCAGCAUGCAGGACAACUAUGCACCCAACAAAUCUCAGUUCUGGGUGUAUUGGGUCUGUGCCCUGGGAGUCGUCAUGGCUACAUCCGUAGUCACGUGGGUACUUGAUCGAGCUCUCAACGAUGAGGCGCAGUGGACGCUGGAUCCCAUCAGGUUCCUGAAAUUUUGGGGCCUCCCAGAGGAAAAGACGAAGACGAUGAAGACGAUGACAGGGUUCUAUAAAACCAAUCCGCGGCGAUAA